AUGUCAAUAGACUACCCGCAAGAGGUUAUGUUGGACGAGAGGCCCAUGCUCCCUCAAGAGCUGAUGAAAGCUCUCUACGCCAAGCUAUAUGACAAAUACACCAAACUCAAGAAGAUGCUCUCAUUUCAACAAGAAAAGGGACAAGAUAUUGAUGGUCACUUGUACGUUGGUGAAUCUUCUCUCCUUGUCAAGGCUGCAACAAUAUUGGAGCAGCGCGUUCAUAACUCGUUGGGGACAGCACCACUGAGUUUUGAAGAUCCAAAGCACAAGCUACAUACCCACAAGAUAUCAGUAGCCAAAGUUGUCACUAUUUAG